AUGCCGGCAACAGUGUUUGUUUAUGCUGCGAACGGUUGCGAACUGAGGGCUUUGUGUGUUCUCAGGUUUCUAGUAUUUGUUCAUCGCAAAUAAAUGGGAGGAACUUAUCUUCCACGUGCCCUUUUAUCUGCGAAACACUAGUUAAUGAUGAUCUGCUUCACCAUGUCGGCAUGUCGCCAAAACUCGUAUUUAAUAGCUGGUUUAUUCGUUGGAGUAACCCUUUCGUUAUUCAUUUCCUCUUUGGAAAACACCUGUGGAGGCCCUACGAUCAAUUUAAGUGCCGAGUUUGCCGAAGAUUAUGUCGAUGAAUAUGAACCAAGAAUCAAUCUUGCUGGAAAACCACAAAAGGCGAAAAAAACACCUCAAGCUUUAGUGCGUCCAAGAUACUAUUCUACAGAACUUGGCAUCAGAGAAAAGCUUUUUGUCGCAGUUCUCUCUUCCCAGGAAACCAUCAAUUCUAGAGGGGUGGCCUUGAACAAAACUGUUGCUCAUUUGGUUGACAAAAUCAUGUACUUCAUUGAUGCUCCUGGGCCUCAGAAACUGAAUUUGAGUAUGUCUGGCAUAGUGGGAUUUACAGACACGAGAAAAUUGUUAAAACCUUUCCAUGUUCUCAAGUAUGUGGCUGACAAUUACCUAGACGAAUAUGACUUCUUUUUCAUUGUGAAAGACUCAACUUAUGUGAAAGCUCGAACCCUGUAUGAAGUUGCUCAAGGAAUCAGUGUUAGCCAGGAAGUACAUUCAGGCAGUGAGAAAGAGGAUGAUCAUACAGCAUUUUGCACCCUAGAUGCAGGUCUGUUGCUCAGUAACUCUGUGUUAAGAAAGGUGCAUGCUAGUCUGGAUUGGUGUGUUAAGAAUGCAUUUUCUGAGUCGGAUACUGACAAUGUUGGUCGAUGCAUUUUACAUGCAACCGAUAUUCCCUGUCAAGAUACUGUGCAAGGAUUAUCUUUGCUCACACACAAAACUAAAGAGCCAUUCAAUUUGGAUGCAGAACUCAAAAUACUUGCAAAACAACCUACUGUAGAUAGAAUUAUAUCUAUGUAUCCUGUUCCUGAACCUGCUGCUGUGUAUUCUUUUCAUGCUUACUUUAGCAAGGUGGCUCUCACUGGAAUUCAGCUAGAUGUCGCAUCUCGUCGAUCAGCUGUCAUUAAUAUGUCAUAUAUAGCACCAGGAGGACGUAGUGGUGUUGCGUGGCCUGUAGGAGCUCCUCCAGGGAACAAACCCAUCUCUCGCUUUGACGUGUUACGUUGGGAUUAUUUUACAUUAUCCCACUUAUACCCAGAGUCAGAUUUUGGUAAUCUGAAAGAGUUGGUUGGUGCCGACAAGCAGGAUAUUGAGUAUGUUUUGAAUGCAACUAUAGCAUGGGUGAAUACAAGAUAUGAAGGAUUACUUGAGUAUAAGCAUUUGGUUAAUGGGUACCGUCGCUUUGAUCCCUCCCGUGGCCUUGAUUACAAGUUGGAUUUGGCCUUCAGAGACACUACCAAUGGACAUGAAAUUCACAAAAGGCUUGAAGUGAGUAAGCCUCUAGGAAGAAUAGAGGUGGUUCCAGUUCCAUAUGUGACUGAGAACACCCGUGUUAGUCUGGUGCUUCCUGUUACACUCGAGACAAAAUCAAUGGUGGCUCAAUUCAUCCAUCAAUACAACUCUAUAUGCAUGGAGAAAAAAGAGAAAACCUUUCUUAUGUUGGUGCUGAUGUAUGACCCUCGUCAUCCAGGGAAGGGUACUAAGGAUGACACCUUCCUGGAGCUUAAGCAGACAGCUGUCAGUCUGAGUGAUCGUCAUAAGCGGGAUGGUGGGAAAAUUGCUUGGGUUUCAGUCAAACUACCAGAGUCUCAACAAUCAGCCCAUGUGACUAAAGGGCUACUAGAUUUUGCAGCAGCAGACCUUGCAAUGCGCAAACUACCUUCAGACUCCUUGGUGUUCUUUGUACGACCCAAUGCUGAAUUAAGACAAGAUCUCAUAAACAGAGUGAGGAUGAACACCAUUCAACAUGUCCAAGCUUUUAGCCCUAUUCCAUUCUCUGAAUUUCACCCAGAUAUUGUAUAUAGUUCUGACUUUCCUCGGCCAGCAGAAUUAGAUAUAAAUAAAAUUUAUGGGCACUACGAUUCAUUGGAUACAGCCUUUAUUUCUUUCUAUGCGAGUGAUUACUUGAGGGCUCGUAAAGCAAUUGAAAACCAGUUGCCAAUGAUACGCACAGAUAAAGAUCUCAAUGCAUUGGUAACUAUAGCAUCUAUCAAGAAAUCUGACAAUGCAACUUUUGAUCUACUGAAGAGCCUUGCCGAGAACACUCUCUAUGGCCUGUUUGUGAGGGCAAGUGACGUUCAUAUGUUGAGAGCUGUUGAACCCGGCCUGCGACUAAGACAUCUCUCUUUGGACUGUACAAGUAGUGGGAGUGCUUCAGAAAUUAGUUUGCAUAUGUUAAAUGCUUGUGCAAAGAAACGAGCAAAUAAUCUUGGAUCCAGAAGUGCACUAGCAAGGCUCCUAUUAGAAUAUCAGUUGACUCCUGCUGCUUAGUCCUGCGUCAGAUAUUUCUCACUUUGCUUAAGUUCUUGCAUGAUCAUUUGAAGUUAGGCCUAUCAAAUUAUGUAGCAUAUUAAUUCAAAGUUAAAUGAAUAUCAUUUUAUUUUAUCCUGAGAAUUUAGAAUGUCAGUAAUGAUUCUGGUUUCACCUACCUCCUGUCACUUAUAUUUUCUUUUUUAGCCUUCUGAUUGAAGUGAAGAACCAUCCAUCUUCAUGAA